AAAUUUACGAUGCCCUUCAGGAACUCUUCUUUGAAGAUAAAAAUAGUGUCUCACAUGAUUAUCAUUUCUAUUUCCGGUAAUUUUUAAAGAAACGUCAAAAUGUCAUCAGAUAGAUUAAAUGUGUUUCCAAGUCGUAUGGCUAUGGCAAACAUGAAGCAGAGGUUGAAGGGAGCUCAGAAAGGUCAUAGUUUACUGAAGAAAAAAGCUGAUGCAUUAACUAUGAGAUUCCGACAGAUUCUAAAAAAAAUUAUAGAGACAAAGAUGAAGAUGGGGGAUGUUAUGAAGGAAUCAGUUUUCUCACUAGCAGAGGCCAAGUUUACCUCAGGAGACUUCAAUCAUGCUGUUCUACAAAAUGUCAACAAAGCUCAGCUGAAAGUACGAUCAAAGAAGGACAAUGUUGCAGGUGUACAGCUACCUGUAUUUGAACAUUUCACAGAUGGUGUUGACAGCUAUGAGUUGACAGGUUUGUCUAGAGGUGGUCAACAAAUUGAUAAGUUAAAGAAGAACUAUGCUAAAGCAGUAGAACUGCUUGUACAGCUAGCAUCUUUACAAACUUCCUUUGUUACACUAGAUGAAGUCAUCAAAAUCACAAAUAGAAGAGUGAAUGCCAUAGAACAUGUGAUCAUUCCAAGAAUAGAGAACACUAUAUCUUAUAUCACAACUGAAUUAGAUGAGAGAGAAAGAGAAGAAUUCUUUAGAUUGAAGAAAAUUCAGGAGAAGAAGAAGAAAUUACGAAAAGAAGCUGAAGAAUUGAAAAUUAAAUUACGAGAAGAAGGAAUAGCCCUCCAGGAGGCAGAUAAUAUACUGGAGGGUGAUCGUGAUGAAGAUUUAUUAUUUAACUAGCAAUAAUAAAUGGGGGGUACUACACAACUAUAAACAUCAUUCCAUGUAUGAAAAAAAGGAAAAGCUUUCUCCUUGUUUGGAGUGACAUGUGCUAGUGCUAGAAUUUUCAAAUAUUCAGUUAUAAUUCAGUAUAAUCAAGACUGUAGAAAAGAUUUAGUGAUGGAAAAUUGUAAGACUGGGGAUCUGUGGAACAAGUAAUUAAACUAGAUUUGUUGCAUGUAGGAGGGAGAUCUUGCCCCAGGCCAUAUGACAAACAUAUACAUGUAUUGAGAACUUUUUAUAAACUAGCAUGUAACAACAGUUUCAAGAACGUUUCUUGUUGUGUUAUCACAUAAUUUUGGAUGGGGGUUACUUUGUACAACAUAGUAUUAAUCAGCAAAUGGUCAUUGCUUUGUUGUUUUGAUAUGAUUGUUUUUUUCUUUGGAAAAAUGUUUUUUCUUUGAAAAAGCAAAAUCAGAAAGUACAGUUUUGCUACAUUCAACAUGACAGUUCAGUAUGAAUUAUCAUGUUCAUUAGUUACUGUUGCAAGUUUCAUUUCUUUACAUCUCAACUACUUUGAAAAACAUUACUUGCAUUGAACAAGUAUGUUCUGACUUGUAUUAUUUUCUGUUUUUCUUUUCCUUAUGCAAACAAUGUAGGAUUUUUAAUCAUGAUGGUGAUGGAGGUUAACUCAUUUUUAAUGAGUUUCUAAUUUAAGAUUUCUUUGUUUAUAACAGAAAAGCUUACUUUCACCAUUGAAAUCCAUCAAUCGUGAUGAUGUCUGAGAAAAUGUAUGUUUGUGAAAAUCAGUAUCUAUUUUAAUCCAUGAACUAAAAUGUAUGAGGAAAGGUUCCAUGGACCCAUAUUAUAAAUGAGGAAAGGUUCCAUGGACCAUGGUGAUGUAUGAGGAAUGGUUCCAUAGACCAUGAUGAUGUAUGAGGAAAGGUUCCAUGGACUGUGAUGGUGUAUGAGGAAAGGUUCCAUGGACUGUGAUGGUGUAUGAGGAAAGGUCCCAUGGACCAUGAUGUAUGAAAAAGGUUUCAUGGACCAUGAUGAUGUAUGACUGUGUAAGUGAAUAUCUAGUCUAUUGUGUAGCCAACUAGGGUAUUUCCAUGUAAACUUGCACAAAACGUUUGUUUGUAAUCAGUUAUAAAAUUAAAAAUUUUCGUCUGCAUGUAGCAUUGUUUACCUUAAAUUCCAUAGAAAUAUACAUAUAGAAGAUAACAUACAGUAGGGAAAAAAGAACAUUUUUGUUUAGUAUUGAGAUGUUUGUACAACAAUGAAUAAUUUGUAAUGAUUGUAUAUAGAAAUUAAUUUUAUUAAUAUAUGCUGUGAUUUAUACAUGUACAUGUUUAUCUAGUGCAAAUAUAUGUCUGUGAAAAUAAUAUUAAAUAUUGGUAAUGUAUAGAAA